AUGAACGUGCAGCGGGAGCUCGCGGCCGUCGCGGCCCAGGUGCGGGCGGCGGACAAGAGCAACCUGGCCGUCGAGGCGGAGCUCGCCGAGGCCGAGGCGCUCGCGCGCAUCGUCGACGACCUGAAGCGGUGCCGGUCCGCGGCGGGCGCGGCCGUGCGGUCCGCGACGCGCGCCUGCAGCUCGAAGAAGCAGCGCGUGCGCGUGCGGCUCGCGGGGCGCCUCGUCCGCGAGUACGGCGACCGGCCGACGUACGUGGCUUCCACCCGCGGCCAGCGCGGCGCCGUCGACGCCAUCGUCGCCGCGGCGAGCGAGCUCGACGCGCUCAAGGACAUCAACGACUUCGGCCGGCGCGCGAAGCGGCGCUUCGAGGAGUUCGCGGGCCUGCCGGCGGCGGCGCGGCCGGCGCCCGCGGACUCCAAGCGGCCCGCGCGGCCCGCGGUCGCGGACGCGGCCGCGGCCUUCGCGUCCGCGGGCUUGGACGCCACGGACGCCGUCGACGACUGUUUAGCGUGCUGGGAGUUCCUCUGCGCGUUCCGCGGGUCCGCGGUGCUCCCGCUGAACUCGGAGGCGGGCCACCUCAUGCUCCCGGAGACGCGUUUGGACGAGUUCGCGGCCGCUCUACAGGCGCCCCACGCCGAGCUCCAGCGGCGGCCGGCCCACGCGAACCAGUACCGCUACCUGCAGCACCUGCACGUGGAGCUGCUGAAGGUGCUCUUCAACGACGACGGCACGGACGCGUGGUGGCCGAAGCCGGCGAAGCGCCACGCGGGGCCGGAAUCAAAUCUUCAACCCGACUUCAACGUGCGCGUAUUGCACCACGGCCCCCGGUGGUGGGAGCGGCCCCUGUUGCCGGGCGAGGAGAAGACGCGGCGGCCCAACGGGUCCACGCCCAAGCCCAAGGCGCCCGCGCCCGCCUACGCGGCGCCGCCGCCGGCGCUGGCCGUUUCGGUCGCGCCGCCGUUCGCCGCCGCGGCCGGCGCGCUCGUCGUGGCCGCGCCGUCGCCGGCGCUCGUCCAGCUCGGCCAGUUCCUCGCCGCGGGCCAGCCGCCGCCGCCGGCGCUGUUGAGCCGGGCGCUCCAGGACAUGCGCUACCCGCCGCACGUCGUCGCGCUGCCCAUGGCGAACCAGGUGCUCCACCCGGAGAUCCAGGCGGCGGUCGUCGCGCAGGCGCGCCAGGCCUUCGCGGCGUCCUGCGCCAUGAUGAACGGCGGCGCGGGGCCCUACGCGCGCGCGCCCGUCGCCGCCGCGCCCGUCGCCAUCGCGCCCGCGCCCGCCGCGCCGGUCGCGCCCGCCGCGCCGCCCGCGCCGGUCGCGCCGCCCGUCAAGGCGGAGCCGCCGCCGCCGCCGCCCGUCGAGGCGCCCGCGCCGAGCGCCGCCGCGGCGGCCGCCGCGCCCGCCGCGGCGCCCGCGGCGACGCCCGCGGCCGCCGCGGCGAGCGCCGGCGCGGCCGCGGACGGCGCGCUCGCGUCCGCCGCCGCCGCGCGCGCGUCGGCGAGCGCGACGAGCGACGAGGCCGCGGUCGCGGCCGCGGCGACGGCCGCGGACGACCAGUCGUCGAGCGGCGCGCCGCCGCGGAGCAACCACCGGCCCGAGCGGAAGCGGACGCGGACGCAGCCCAAGGACCUCAUGGAGGAGCUGUCGCCCGCCGCGAACCGGAGGCGCACGCCCAACGGCCGCGGCGCGGGCAGCGCGAAGGGCUCGAAGGGGUCGCGCGCGCGGAAGCCGCUCUCCGAGGCCGCGCAGGCCGCGCUGCCGCUCAAGCUCGGCGACCUCGUCGCGUUGCUCAAGGCCGACGCGAAGACGCGGGACGCGCCGCGGCCGCCCGUGGCCGUCGUCGGGCCGUCGACCUGGGCCAUGGUCGCCGCGGCCGCGGCCGCGCGCCUGGCGGACCGCGCGCACGCGACGGCGGCCGCCGUCGCCGCGCACGACGCCGUCGGCGCGUCCGAGGACCUCGGCGACUUCGCGCCGCACCGGCGGCCGCCGGGCGCCGACGCGGCGACGCGCCAGCACUUCGAGGACGCGCACCGCGCCGUCGCCGAGGGCCGCGAGCCCCCGACCGACGCCACGAAGCCCGCCGAGGAGCCCAAGGACGAGGGCCUGCCCCUGCGCGGCAAGGAGUCGCUCGCCGCCGCCGUGGACCACCUGCUCGCGGGCGGCCUCUACGGCAUGCUCGCGCCGAAGCGGCGCUGCGCGCUCCUCCGCGCGCUCGUCGACGCGGCGCUGGAGACGAAGGCCGUCGUCAAGGUCCUCGACGACCGCGCGCGGCGCCUCGGCUCCGCGGAGGGCGCCCUGCUCCAGCACCGCGUGCGCAAGAAGCACGAGGACUACCUGAAGAUGCGCCGCGCCGUCUCCGCGGCGCGCACGGACCUGGACCUGGACGCGCUGCCGCGCGCGCCGGCCGCCGCGCACGAGGCCGACGACCGCGGGGGCCACUUCGCCGCCGCGCAGCUCGGCGGCCUGGAAGCCUCGUCGACGCGCGGCCUCUUGCGCCUCGCGCUCGAGCGCGCGCGGGACAACGACGCCAUGGGCAGCCGCGGCGCGCAGGUCGUCGACGAGCCCCCCACGGGCGUGAAAUUCGACGCGCCGCGGCGCGACGCCGCGCUCGCCGCGCUCGACGGCGCCGUGCGCGGCGGCGACGUGGCGACGCUGCGGGACGCGCUCGACGCGGCGCGCCACACCGUAGGCUGCGCCGCGCCCGAGGGCACGCCCGCGGACUACGACUGGCGGCUUCGGCCUUUGGCGACGGCCGCGCAGGCGCUCCGCGCGCGCGAGGCCGCGGACGCGGACGCCGCCGCGGCCAAGUCCGACGCCGUCGCGCUGGGCAAGCUCCCGCCCCUGCGCGCGGACCACGUCGGCCGCGACGGCGGCGGCCACUGCUACUGGGCCUUCCGCGGCGAGCGCGAGUACGGCUACGCGCCGCACCGCGUCUGGGUCCAGCAGGCGCCGGGCGCGCCCAAGGCGACGCCGCCGGCGCCGUCCUGGGGCUACUUCGGCGACGACAAGCAGGUCGCGAACCUCGCCGCGUCCCUCGACGGCGGCGACGCGUCCGAGGCGAAGCUCCGCGCGCAGCUCGCCGCGCGCCUCCCCUAG